GCCUAGACAGCGAUUUGCACCCGGAGCAGGAUCAAAGAUGGCGGGAGCCCGCGACCCGCUGGAGGACAUGCUCCUGACGGAGGUGGACGAGGCGGCCGUCAGCGACCUGCUGGGGGACUUGGAGUCCCGGCUGGGUGACGGCUCCGCAGUCUCCUUCUCUGCCAGGAAGCGGGACGCGGCCGCCGCACAACUCUCAGGAAAAGGGCGGGAUCAAGCGGGAUCCACGGAGCCGCUACAAGGGCGUCCGAACGCGGGCUCGAGCCGGGCGGCGGGCACCGGUGAGCCGCCGCCUUCCCCCUUUUCCGCUCCUAUCGCGGGAGGGGGCCUGCGGGCGGAACGAACGACUUCUCCCGAUGCUCCGUCCGGACCGGGACCUGUAACGGGGAGCUCGCAGCCCGCCGAUAGCUUCCACCGAGCCGCAGCUCCCGGCGCAGUCCCAGCGGAUGAGGCGGCACAGACACCCCCCUCCGGGUUGCAGACUUUAAAGGGUUCCGUGAAGUUACCGAACUCAGCCGCAGUGACGGAACCCGCGAGUUCCGGUAUCGUCACCCAGACCUCACCGGUACCUCAGACCACGGCGUGCCCCCCCUUAACAACCCCACAGCGUAACCACAUCCCGGCGACCAGCUUGGGCCACAACGGAGUGGACCCGAAAGGCGCUCCCGGUCCCGCCGCCUCCAGCUCUGCUUCUCAGGUUGUGAACCACAGCAUUCCUCUGAUGCAGCCUAAGGUCCCCCCUCCCGCAGCUGCAGUCCAGCCCGAAGUUAGCCAGCCCCCCGGAGUCAAGCCUGCUGUGAAUGGACUGGUGCAGCCAGCAGCGGCGACCCCCGCGAGGACCCCUCUUCCCGGGGGCCCCACCUCCAUCCAGCAGCAGAAACCUGCACUGAUGGCUGGUGUGACCCGGCCCGUUGCCCCCCAGCUGGCUGUUCGGCCCCAGCAGCAGCAGGCCACCAUCCAGCUGCCUUCUGGCUUCACCAUCCCUCCAGGUAUGGUUUUGGUCCGAACGGAAACUGGUCAGCUGGUCUUGGUCCCACAGCAGGUUCUGGCUCAGGCUCAAGUCAAGGCGCAGCAGGGUCAGACGGCGGUUGCUCAGAGACAGAUGACUCCCACAGCAACUUCCCCCCUUCGGGUCAACGCCGCCACCACAGUCCUGCAGGUGCCAGCCCCCCAUCAGACCAUCCGCCUGGCCUCCCCAGUUCAGACUAGGAUGGCUCAGUCUCCGUCUACCACCACUGUUCAGGGCCUCACGGUGGCGCCGGGCAGUUCUGUGGUGUCUGUGAAGAUGCCCACGGCUCAGAAGACCCAGACCGGAAUGGUGGCAGGAGGUGUCACUCCAGUCGAGCCCCCUGUGACUGCAGGUGCCCCCCCUGCCUCUGCACCCACCGCCAGCAGAGUCACAGUUCUAUCGCAGGAAAUGCAGGAGAAUGUAAAGAAGUGCAAGAACUUCCUUGCAACUCUCAUCAAGCUGGCAUCCCAUAAUUCCCCCUCCCCUGAGACUGCUAAGAAUGUGAAGGCCUUGGUUCAGGAUCUGCUUGAUGCAAAGAUUGAGCCAGAAGAGUUUACAUCGCGGCUGCAGGCAGAUCUGAAGUCCUCCCCGCAGCCCUACCUCAUCCCAUUCCUCAAGAAAAGCCUUCCCGCCCUGAGGCAGACGUUGUUCAGCAGUCAACAGUUUCUGACCACGGCUCCACCUGUUACCCCCGCCCCCGCCCCUGCUGCUCCAGGAUCUAUAGCUGCAACUGCCAUCAGACCACGGCUGCCCACUGCUGCUACAGGCGGCGCUGUCCGGCUGAACCCGCCCAUGACAAACACCACAGCUCUGGCAGCAGCUCGCCCCGGAGCUCAGGUGCUGCAGACCCGCUCACCUGUGGUCAUCGGUCAUCAGCUCAGACAUCCAGUGACCCUCCUGCGAGGACCUCUGUGCACGGCCGGCAAAAGUCCUGUCAGCCUGGCAGCUUCAGCCAAUCAGAAAAAGCAGUGUGAUCCUGGGGGUGGGACCUUCAGAGAUGAUGACGACAUCAAUGACGUGGCAUCGAUGGCUGGGGUCAACCUGAAUGAGGAGAACGCUCGUAUCUUAGCAACCAGCUCAGAGAUCGUGGGCACAAAGAUCCGUUCCUGUAAAGACGAGUUCUUCCUGCCCGCUGACGUGCUGCACCGCCGUAUCCUGGACACAGCGAGGAAGCUGGGCGUCACCGAGGUGCCGGCGGACGUGGUGAACGUGGUCUCCCACGCCACCCAGUUCCGGCUGCGCUCGCUGCUGGAGAAGGUUUCUGUGGUGGCCCAGCACCGCGCCGACGCCGUGAAGGAUGAGGAUCUGUACGAGCAGACGUCCGACGUGCGCGCUCAGCUGCGUUUCUUCGAGCAGCUGGAGCGGAUAGAGAAGCAGCGCAAAGACGAGCAGGAGCGCGAGAUGCUGCUGAAGGCGGCCAAGAGCCGUGCCCGUCAGGAGGAUCCAGAGCAGGCCCGGCUCAAGCAGAAGGCCAAGGAGAUGCAGCAGCAGGAGCUGGCUCAGAUGAGACAGAGAGACGCGAACCUCACAGCUCUCGCCGCCAUUGGACCUCGUAAGAAACGCAAGCUGGACAGUGUGGGUGGAGCUAACACUGGUAGUGAGGUGUCCUCAGGUUUGGGCUCGUUAGGCAGCCCCUCCCCCCGCCAGCAGCUUCGUCAGCGGAUCACUCGGGUAAACCUCAGGGACUUCAUCCUGUGUCUGGAGCAGGACCGCAGCACAGCUCGCUCCAUGGCGCUCUACAAGGCUCUGUUGAAGUGAAGAGCUCCGCCCCCGUCGCACCACAGUCCUCCUGAAAAACCUCCUCUUGGAUCACAUAAGGGUGUCGGAAGAGAUCUCUGCCUGGUUCUGCUCUCUAAGUCGCUCUGGAGCUCGUGAUGCAUGUAGACAGGAAGUGAACAUGAUGUCCCUUCCUGCCUGGGACUCUGACGGGAGCAUCUUCAUUCAGGUCUGCAACUUCAAACCAGAACGUUGCUUGAAGUGGUUUUCCUGGUGGUCACGGCGUGGAGGGAGGGAACCAUCCUUCAAACUCAAACCUCAGACACGUCGUCCGCUCUCCCCGCACGCCGGGGGACGUGGAUGGCUCUGGCAUUAAGCUGCAACUGCGUCUCACAGGUCAAUGGCUCCUCCCCCUUUUCUGGGCACCACGUCAACCCACCCAGGAGGUGCAGACCCUCCCCCCGGGGGGGGUUUGCUUGUUCUUGUGCUCUCCGAAGACCUUCAGCAGGUGAAUCUGGUCCAUGGGCAACAGUGGAUCAUCUGAGUAAACAGGAGACAGUCGGGUCAUGUGACAUUCUCUCCCAGACCCCCCCCCCCAGCAGGAGGUUCCGACAUUCCUCUUCGCUGUGGAUGCAAUGAGCCCAUCCUGCUGCUUCACUCUGGUUGGAUCAGAUCAGAUGAGAUUUUUAAGGUUUAUACCCCUUUAAUGUCAUGGACUGUAAAGGUCUCCUGGCACGGCUCGGCUCAGACCGGCCUAAAGACUUUAUUUAUAAUUGCUGUCUGGUGGAUUUAAUGCUCCCCCGGGCGCUUUUUCAGCAGUUUCUAUCUUUACAAUAAAAGACAGUAAGUGUC